GUUCCCAAACCUUAUCAAACCAGAAAAGCAUUAACUUGUCUUUAUAUGGUCCACCUCAACCUCAACUCCACAAAAGAAGGGGCGCUAUUGUUUUCUGCAACUUGUCUUUUGUUUCUUUAGUUUAAAACAAGCAUGCCCUUUACGUUGGAGGCUUUUUCCACUUGCUUUCUGCUUCUUUUCUUUUCAACGAAAGCAGCAGCUGCUCGAGACAUUCGCAAUGUGAAGGCGGAGAGCUCACCGGUUUCGGCCAUUCUCAUUUUCGGGGACUCCACGGCCGACCCCGGAAACAAUAACUACAUAGCUACGCCGUUUAGGAGCAAUUUUUCACCUUAUGGCAAAGAUUUUGUGAACCAGACGCCAACUGGACGGUUUACCAAUGGACGCCUUGCUAAUGAUUUUAUAGCAAAAUACGUCGGCAUCAAAGAGUACGUUCCUCCUUAUCUGGAUCCUACGCUCAGCAUUGAGGAGCUCAAGAGUGGAGUCAGCUUUGCUUCUGCUGGGUCCGGAUUCGACCCGCUUACACCAACAAUAAGCAAUGUGGUCUCCAUAUCGGAGCAGCUGGACCACUUCAAGGAGUAUCGAGCAAAACUAGAGGCCGCAAUUGGGAAGGACAAAACGAAGGAACUGAUAAAUAAUGCUCUGUUCCUUGUCAGUGCUGGCACAAACGACUUCGUGGUGAAUUAUUUCACAAUACCAAUUCGACGCUACAAUUACACGAUUCCGAGCUACAUGAAUUUCGUGCUACACGAAACUCGGCAGCUUCUUCAGGCAUUGUUGGGUGAAGGUGCUCGUCGAAUUGGAGUUGUGGGACUGCCGCCAAUGGGCUGUUUGCCUGUUGUGAUAACUCUUUACUCUGAUAGUCCAAUUCUUAAACGUGACUGCAUCAGUAAUUUCUCCUCCAUAGGCCAAGAUUAUAACCAAAUGCUGAAAAAUGAAUUGAACUCCAUGCAACUCCAGAUGCAAUCCUCUGGAGCUCGAAUUGCUUAUAUAGACAUCUAUGGACCGUUAGCGGACAUGACCUUAGGCCGUAAAUAUGAGUUUGAGGAGGUUAGCAGUGGAUGCUGUGGGACGGGGAUGGUGGAGGCGUCGUUUAUGUGCAACCCAAGGUCAGCUGUUUGCUCGGAUGCUACCAAGUAUGUGUUUUGGGAUUCCAUUCACCCCACUGAGAGAUCAUAUGAGCUUCUGUUUCAGGCCUUUCGGCCUGUAAUUGAUGUGCUUGUUAAGAAUUAAACUCAUGGUAAUGACUUCUGCUAAAGAGCAACUAGUUUAAGGCGAUGGAUAGCUUUUGAAAUCAUGUGUUAUUGGACAGAAAUUGGGGGAAUCAUCAAAACAAUUGGCUAAGUUGUCUCUAAUUUUUUUCAUAAUCCACGUAUAUCUUCGACUUCUA